ACAAGCAAAUAAAAAAACUAAACAUAAAAAACGAUUUGUAUAAUAACUGAAAGUACCAUUUUUGAAUUUGUCGAGAUGCAUAAUUAGCUCUUGAUAUAUUCAACGAAAAUAUAUUUAUGUAAAGAUACAUAAUUAAUUUCUAAUAUCUCUUUUUUCUUUUUAAUUUUGAAUCUGUUGAGUACAUAAUUAACUUCGAUAGCUCUUAUGAAGAUAUAUAAUUAGUUGAAAUUUUUACAAUUACUUUAUAAAAAUGAAAAUUUGUGUAAAUAUAAUAAGUUAAAAGAUGCAUUUAUUUAUUUUAUUUUUCAAAAAAGAAAACAAAAUGAAAUUCAAAUAACCUUUGUUUUUUCUUCUUCCCACUUCCCCUGCCCAUACAUACAAUUUUAAUUAUUCUGUCACUAUUUCUCUCUCCUCCAUUUUCAACUGCAAAUUUCUGCAAAGAAAAAAAAUUAAAAAGUUCUCUUUUUUAUACAAUACCCACAUGCUUCUUCAGUAAUAUAUAUAUAUAUAUAUAUAUAUAUAUUUAUAUAUGUUAUAUGCAUAUUUUUGAUCUACUGAGUCAAAUAGUUGCUACGGUUUACUCAAAAUUCUUCAUAAAAACUUCAUAAUUCGUCGAAAAUUCUCAUAAUUUUUUUUGAAUUUUUUUUGUGGCUAAUUAAUUAGCUCAAUCAACCCCUUUUUAUUUUCUUGAAGAGAUUCUGAUUAAUUUGAUAUAUAAUUUGGUAUUUAUUGACAAAAAGGCGAAAAAUUGAUAUAUAUUGAGUUAAAAAAUAAUCUUUGCUGUGGCUAAUUUUUCCUCGUUUGAUUCAUUUCUACGAGAAUUAAUUAGCCCAAUAAACCCCUUUUCAUUUUCUUGAAGAAAUUCUGAUUAAAUCGAUAUAUAAUUUGCUAUUUAUUGUGAAAAAAGGCAAAAAAAAUAAAAAUUAAAGAAUUUAGUUUUUUUUUUUUUUGAUAUAAAUAGAUAGUCCAAUCAACCCCGUUAUCAUUUUCUUGAAGUAAUUCUGGUUAAAUCGAUAUAUAAUUUGCUAUUUUUCGCGAAAAAAAUUGCUAUAUAUUGAAGGAUUUUUGGGGUUUUUGAUAUAAAGAGAUAUGAUAGGUAGUGGAUUACAAUUUAAUAGGAGCUUUAAUGGUGAAGAUCAUAGAUUUUAUAGUGCUGCUAAGGCUCGUAGGAAUGUUAAUAGGAGCCUUAAUGAUGAGGAUGGUAAUUACAUACGUAGAGCUAAGAGUGAUGUUGCUGUUAGUAAUGUGAAGAUGAAAGUGAAGGUUGUUGAUGAGGAGUUGCCAGUUGCUGGUGUGAUGGCAAAGGAAGCUUUGCCUAUUUGUAAUCUACAGAGGUUUUUGAGAGCUGUUACUCCUUCAGUUCCAGCUCAAUAUCUAUCUAAGACAACUAUGAGGGGUUGGAGGACGUGUAAUGUGGAGUUUCAGCCGUACUAUGUGCUUGGCGACUUAUGGGAGUCUUUUAAAGAAUGGAGUGCAUACGGAGCUGGAGUUCCAUUGGUGUUGCAUGAAGGUGAUAGUGCAGUUCAGUACUAUGUGCCCUAUUUGUCAGGUAUUCAGUUGUAUGGUGACUCUACGAAUGCUUCAGUCAAAACAAGUAGGCUACCAGGUGAAGAAAGUGAUAGUGACUAUUUUCGGGAUUCUAGUAGUGAUGGUAGCAGUGACUCUGAACACGAGAGACGUUUCUUGAAUUAUACAAGGGAGCAACGUAUGUAUCAUAGCCAAACAAGUGAAAGCUCCCUUAGUAUCGAUGGUUUGUCAUUAAGAGACAGGAAUGCUACCUUUCAGGAAGGCUUUUCAAGCGAUGAGAGUGAAUCUGGGUCUUCUCAAGGUGCCUUAUUGUUUGAGUAUCUGGCGCGCGAUCAGCCUUACGGUCGUGAACCUUUGGCAGACAAGAUAUCUGAUCUUGCUAAACACUUUCCUGAAUUAAAAACAAUGAGAAGUUGCGAUCUCCUCCCGUCCAGUUGGAUUUCUGUAGCCUGGUAUCCAAUUUACCGGAUACCCACGGGACCUACUUUAAAAGCUCUUGACGCUUGCUUUCUGACCUUUCAUUCUCUUCAUACACCAAUGACAGCUGCGGUUGUAACAUGUCCGACUGAUACAGAUGUAGCCCCUAAGAUCCCCUUACCUGCUUUUGGCCUUGCUUCAUACAAGUUUAAACCGUCACUUUGGACACCGAAUGGUGGACCUGGAAGACAGUUAAUGAGCUCGCUCUUACAGGCUGCAGAUAACUGGCUAAAGCUGCUUCAGGUCAAUCACCCAGAUUUCAGUUUCUUCUGCCAAAGGUGAAAACUAGAUAUUCUCUUCGCCCCGUGUUGAGUGGACCGAACCACUCCGUGCUUGAUGCAGCUGUUGUUUUGUGACGAGAAAUGGGUUAAGGUUUCGCUCUAACCUUAAGUUACUACGCUGUUGUCUAUACCGUGAGACAAUGAAAUAUGAAAAAAAAUAAAUUCAAAAACAAAAAAGCAAAAAAAAAACCAGCCAUCUGGCGAAGGCUGAAUACUGGUGGGGAAGGAAGCGGAAAAAUAGUAUCGGAGUAAAAGUUUCCGAGGGAAGUUAUGAAUAAAAGAUCGAUAACAGAUGGGUAACAAUGCCCUAUACAGUGAUGAAAAGACUGAAAGAAAAGCGAGUAUAAUAUUACGAUGGCACCGUAAUGCUCCUCAUUUUCGCAUUGUAGUAGAGAGAGAGCAGGCUGUGUGUUUUACUGCCUUGAACUUGUAGGUGUGUUUAUUUUAUACUAGAAUUCUACUUAGAGCUACUAUGGUGGUGAAAUAUAAAGCUUCCCCAUGUAAUGUACAUUACUUUUUUUUAUUUGACUUUAUUUAGUAAUAAUAGACUUCUAGUUAAUGGACUUAUUUAGGUAUAA